GAGAGAAAAACUAACAUGAAGCCAUCCUGUAGGGGGCGCAUGGCAGCUGCAUCAGAGGACGACGGCGGCCCGGAAGAGGCAAAAAGAGUACGAUGCUCAGGGCGAACAGUGUCCAGAGAGCGCAUGCGUCUAGUGAACUGUAGCGUCCGUGAGGGAAACCGAGCGCGCCAGGGUCGUGUUUGGAGUCGGCGGACCGGCGUUAUUGGCGGCGGCGGGUCAGGCAGCGAGUACGGGGAUGGUCCGGGGCGCCCCUUCCUCUCAGCACGGCCUGUGAGAGACAUGCUGCCCGGGGCCCCGGACCCCCCGGGGUGGUGGAGGAGGAGAUGGGGGAGGCAGCCGGGCCCCGGGCUGUGGUGUCCGCCGUCCCUGGUGUUGUUGUUCGCAGUUCUCCUUGGAGCCGGUGAGGCGCAGUCCGGGCCUGGGAACUACGGGGAGCCCGGGCUGAACGUCUACAUGAGCGAGGAGGAGGUGCGGCGGCUGAUCGGUUUGGAUGCUGAGCUUUAUUAUGUCAGGAACGAUAUCGUAAAUCACUACGCCCUUUCCUUUAAUCUUCUCGUUCCCACCGAAACCAGCAGCCUACACUUCAGCUGGCACUCUAAAUCUAAGGUUGAGUACAAACUGGGAUUUCAUGUGGACAAUCCUUUAGCCAUGAAUGUGCCACAGACCAAUAUUUCCAUGCAGGGGGAUGUACCUCGCUCUUUGUCAGUGUUCAGAGUUGAUCUUUUCUGCUCUGGGAGAAUGGACGUGGAGGUCAUGCUUGUCAUGCAGCUCAACAUAACAAUCAGCUCUGCCAAAAACAUCACAGUCCUUAAUUUCAAGCGGAGGAAAAUGUGCUACAGAAAGAUUGAGCCAGAAGUAAAACCCCCGAUAUCGCUCGACAGGAACAACACGAGAGUUCACUUUGAUCCUGUAAAUGUCCCCCCUACAACCUCUACCCGUGUCUUCUAUAUCAGUGUUGGCGUAUGCUGCGCAGUUAUUUUCCUGGUGGCGAUUAUCCUAGCAGUGCUACAUCUUCACAGCAUGAAGAGAGUGGAGCUAGAUGACAGUAUGAGUGACAGUGGCAGCUCCCAGGGACUCUCUCAGCCUUCAACCCAGACUACGCAGUACCUGCGCGCAGACACCCCGAACAACGCAACGCCAGUCACCAACACAACGGGGGAACACGCCAGCAGCGGCGCAGGAACGGCGAGGAAUUUAAACGGUUAUCCAACGCUGCGGAUAGAGAAGAAUGACCUGAAAAGCGUCACCCUGCAAGAGGCAAAGGCCAAAGUAAAGGACAUUGCCAUCUCCAGAGAGAGAGUGACACUUAAGGAUGUCCUGCAGGAAGGGACAUUUGGUCGUAUAUUCCACGGCAUUUUGGUGGAUGACAAGGAUCCAAGCAAAGAGAAGCCUGUGUUUGUAAAAACUGUGAAAGAUCAAGCGUCUGAAGCUCAGAUUACAAUGAUGCUUACAGAGAGCUGCAAGCUGCGGGGUUUGCACCACAGGAAUCUUCUUCCUAUUGGUCAUGUGUGUAUAGAGGAUGGGGAGAAGCCAAUGGUGCUGCUGCCUUUUAUGAACUGGGGGAAUCUGAAGCUUUUCCUGCGGCAGUGUAAACUGGUGGAGGCCAACAACCCACAGGCUAUUUCCCAGCAAGAUCUUGUACACAUGGCUAUUCAGAUAGCCUGCGGGAUGAGUUACUUGGCCAGACGAGAAGUUAUCCACAAAGACCUUGCUGCUAGAAACUGUGUGAUUGAUGAGUCUCUCCAGGUAAAGAUUACAGAUAAUGCUCUAUCACGAGACCUUUUCCCCAUGGAUUACCAUUGUCUUGGUGACAAUGAGAACCGACCGGUACGUUGGAUGUCUCUUGAGAGUCUGGUAAACAAAGAGUUCUCCAGUGCUGGUGAUGUGUGGGCAUUUGGAGUAACACUGUGGGAACUGAUGACUUUGGGACAGACUCCAUAUGUUGACAUUGACCCAUUUGAGAUGGCUGCUUACCUGAAGGAUGGCUACAGAAUAGCCCAGCCUAUCAACUGCCCGGAUGAGCUGUUUGCAGUCAUGGCGUGCUGCUGGGCUCUGGACCCCGAGGAAAGGCCCAAGUUCCAGCAACUGGUACAGUGUCUGACUGAGUUCCAUUCUGCACUUGGAGCGUAUGUGUGAACGGCAACAAUUACUCACCUGGAAUAACACUGCAUGGACUGUAUACAGCUCUCACAGCACAGUGCCUUAGGAUACUAUGUUAAUCUUUUUUUUUUUGUAAAAUACUUUUAUAUCAAGUAUUUUAUAGCUAUUAGAUCUUGUUUUUUGCAGAGCUGGGUGGAUUGAACACUAAACAGAAGAACCCAACUUCAUCCGGUCUCUUUUACAAGACAUUAUAAAUUGUUUCUACAAAGGACGCUCAAUGCCAUGACGGCAUUUUGUAUUUUAUAAAUAUUGGACAUCUUUAUUUUAUUUUAAGCCUGCCCCUUUUGUUACUUUUUUAUUUUUAUUUUUUUUAAUAAUAUAGGACAUUUUUUUUAUAAUUGGAAUGUGUUUGGACGUCUUUAAGAUGCAUUGUUCCUUUGUAAAAGGGUGAAAAGAUAAGUUAUAACACUAGACAAUGCCUCCUUAUGUAUGCUUUUGUUGACAUUAUGAUGCAUCAGUUCACUUUGUAUAUAAAGGAUAUGUUUUCUACACCGCUCGCACUACUUUAAUUUUAUGGUACGCUCAUACAUCUAUUUACUGUUUUGAUGUUUGUUUUUUCUGACUUACCCUUCACACGGUCAAUUGUCCUUUUUAUAGCCUCAGAAUACAAAGAACAACUAUUCAGGAAAUAUGGCACGGUUACAUAUGUACUGGAGGCUUUCAUCGCUCAAGAAGAACCUCAUGAUUGCUAGAGUUCUAGUCAUUACAUAGUAGUAGGACCAGUGUCAGACAAGUAUAAAUCCAAGGCAUCAAGUGAGGCUCUACAUUAGUAAAUGACCAACUUAUCAGUCUCAUAGUUGCGUGUCAACCCCCUCUUAGCGCCGGUUCACACUACGAUUUGGCAAUACUGGAACCGGAUACGUCUAGGGGUAGCGAAAACUGGGCGCACCGGUAUCCCAGCCAGACCCGGCCCGUACGACCACGGUUUUAGGUCUGGUCAGAAAACUGUAUACGGGGCAAAAAUGAGCCGACCCAAGUCAGCGAUCAACUCUGGUCGGCUCAAUGAAAUGAAUGGGGUUUGGGCCGGACCUGGCUGUGAUACGGGUGCGCCCAAUUUUCGCUGCCCCCAGCCGUAUCAGGUUCCCGUACACUACAAACGUAGUAUGAACCCAGCCUAACCGGUACAAUUCUCUACACCGAAGCAAAAGACCGAUCCCAAACAGGACUUGUACCCGACCACUAUACAGAGUGGGAAGAGACCUUAAUUUCUAUAUUCUGCACCAUAAACUGCAUGAGUCUGCCUCAGUCUAGACCAGUGUUUCCCAAGCAGGUUGCCUCCAGCUGUUGCAGAACUACAACUCCCAGUGUGGCUGUCCGGGCAUGCUGGGAAUUGUAGUUCUGCAACAGCUGGAGGCACCCUGCUUGGGAAACACUGGUCUACACCUUUAGUGGCUAUAUGAAGGUCCCCCUUCCCAGGGAAAUAUACUUGAAAGUUUGUCCUAAAGGGGUUGUCCAGGUUUAGAAUAACACUUCUUGCUAUAACAGUGCCGCACCUGUCCAAAGACUGUCUGGUAUUGCAGCUCGAAUUUAUUGAAGUGAAUGCAGCCGAACUGCAACACCAAAGUCAUUUCGUGGAGCGUUUUGGUACUGUUGGUGUAAAGCCAUGUUUUUCUAAUGUUUGACAACCCGCCAAAAAUGCAUGCUUGCAACAUUCAAUGGUACGAUACUUCCAUCCUCCAUACCUAAUGCUACAGUUAACUCUAGUUCACAUUCCUGGUCACAUGCAAUCCUUCUGGUAUCUUCUAGGAGUUCCUCUGAGAACAAAUAGUCUAAUCACAUCAUCUCCGAAGAAAGCAAACAACCAAAUGCUUCUCUCCUACGGGCAGGGAUCGAGCUACAAACUAACACUGCUGCUCGCUAGAAUUGGGUAUACUUUAAAGGGAUAUUCCCAUCUCACCUUGUUAUCCCCUUUCUGACUGCUGGGACCCCCACUGAUCCUGAGAACGGGGACAAAAUCAUCCCUGGUAUGAACAGAGCUCACCAUGUAUACAUGGAAACCAAUUGCUCUUAUUAGGAAGAAUAAAUGUUGGUUAAAACAUUUUUUAUUUAUAUAUUUUUUUUUUUUUUAAACAAACACCUAUACUUCCUAAUAACUUUGAUUGUUGCCAUUUUUCUUUUUAGUUUUUAGAUUUACCAGAAUUUGUUAAAAGGGGAACAAUAUUUAGUAAGAUCUACAGCGAUCUUCAAGGCCGUCAUACCCCCUCCCAUAGACUUGAAUAGUGGGGGCGGGGUGUGACGUCACACGGGGGCGGAGUCGUGACAUCCCGAUACUCUGGCCCCAUGGUCGCCACCCGGCUGUUUGUGAGCUGGCACCACGGCGUGCAGCUCAAACAGGUGGGUGGGGAAUACAAGAUUGCGGCCGGCCGGCCGGACCCCCGCGGUUAGACAUCUUAUCCCCUAUCCUUUGGACCCCUUUAACAUUGUUGUAAUUUUGGGGCUGUGAGGGAUUUUCAUGCAUUUUGUAGGUUGAUAUGAUAAUGUAGAAAACCUGAAAUGUGAUGGGUUGUAGACACUGCCACAGAUUACCAUAGGUACCCGUGCACAGUGCAAUUUUUUGUUAUUUUAGGCAAACCUGGUGUGAACCUAUAAAAGAAAUCUGAAGCUUCCCUUUGUGUCUCCCUUUCACAUCCGCGCACAGUUUUCUAUGUGCUGUGAACAGAGAUUAUAAACAGUUAAAUUCCUUUUUCUCAUUGACUUGUGGCCUGAUGUUUGUCAUUUGCAGUACUGUCACAGAUAUGGUUGUAUUUAACAGGCACAGUCUACUAAUUAAAUGACAAAAAAUUAUCCAAAUAUAUUUUUGUAAUAUGUUGUGAAAUAAAAAAAAUAUAUUUAAAUUUCCUG